GUAAUCCUGCGGGACUUCCUGGACACGGUCGUGAGCAAGGGGGUACAAGUGGAAGAAAUGUUCAGGGACAUGAUCGUGGCGGCAAUCCAGUUGAACUUUGGGGUGCAGAUAAAGGGCUUAGAGUUGAUCGGGCUUUGGGCUUUCAUGGGGUACCUCAAGGUAAUCCUUCAGGACUUCCUGGACACGGUCGUGAGCAAGGGGGGCAUAAAAGAGCAAAGAGUCAAAGCCCGCAACGUACGAAUCUUCUGGGGUUUGGAAAUCGCUAUGGAGGUUCGGAGGGCAAUAUGGGUCCAGAGCAGUCGAACCGGACCGCUUUCAGGAACAGAGAGGACUUCCGAGGCGGCUGUGGUCUUAGAGACAAUGUUUUCGGAGGUAAUCCUGCAGGACUUCCGGGACACGGUCGUGAGCAAGGGGGUCGUAAUUUAUUUGAUAUGCCGGGCAUCUACAGUGGUCCUAUUGAGUUUAAGCCGGGCAUCUACAGUGGUCCUCCACCUGGUCUUGAUGGUGAGCGUCGAGGCGAUCCAGGUGAUGCGGGAGCGAGUUACCAACAAGGUGGUAGGAAUUCUACAGGGGUUCCUCAGCAUCCUUUGGACGCGCUGGUGCAGGGGAUGA